GCAGCAUGAGGCACAGAAGUGGGCUGUCGGGUGGGUGCCCAGUCCCUCGGCCCCCAGCACCCCUGUCCUCUGCCCCCAGGCCCAUCCACUGCUUCACAGGAUGAGGCCACAGGUCCCCUCGGCCUCUCCUGCCCUCUGGGUGCUGGGGUUCCUCAGCCUGCUCCUCUGGCUGUGGGUGCUGUGCACGGCCUGCCACAGGAAGCGGGCACGGAGGCAGCUGUCCAGGCUGCAGGGCAGUGUGAUGCCAGUGGAAGCGUCACGGCUUAGACGACCCCACCACUGUUCCCUCAGCAAGUCGGACACCAGGCUGCAUGAGCUGCACCGCGGCCGGCCCUGCAGCAGAGCCCCACGGCCUGCCAGCAUGGAUCUCCUGUGCCCACAAUGGCUGGAAGUGUCCAGAGGCACGACCAGGGCCCCAACAGCCUUCUCACAGCAGGAGCUGCCCCCGGCCGCACCCUCCACCGGCCCCGAGGCCACCUAUUCCAACGUGGGGCUGGCCGUGAUCCCCAGGGCCAGGCUGGCAGUCAGCUCUGGGGUGUGGGCAGGGGCACGGCUGACCAGCAGCUGUGCCAGGCCCGGGCCUGAGGCCAGGCCCGUGGUGGCUGAGUAUGCUUGUGUCCAGAAGCUCAAGAGAAGAGAUCGAGGCCCCCAAGGCCUGGAGCAGGGCGAGGUGGAGGCGACCGCGGCCUCUCCGGUGGACAUCCUGUAUUCCAGGGUCAGCAAGCCUAAAAGGAGGGACCCAGGACCUGCCGCAGACCAGCCAGACCCCGAGGGUGGGGGAACGAGUUUGGCUCUGGGGAGCGACCUGGCCUACGAGGUCCUCCCUCGCAGGGGCCUGGGUGUGGACAAGAGCCUCCUAGAAAACGUGUAUGAGAGCAUCCAGGAGAUGAGGGCCCCUGGGCACCUGGAGUCCCCCAGCUCCAGCUCCUACCAGGAGAGGACACAUGCAGGGCAUGGAGACCCCCUGCUUCCUGUCUAAGCCUGGGGAGGGGUCUGCAUCCCCUCCCGGCCCUGGACACCCAAGUACAGAUGAUCCUUCCUCCAGACUGGGGUGCGACGCCUCACUUCCCCCGCAGUCCCCUCCCCGACACGCAGCUGACAGCACAAAUUCCAGACAGCAGGGCUGCCAGCCUGUGGGCUCUCUGGGGUCCUGGCUGCCACGUCCUCUCCAGGGCAGGGUCUCAAUAAAGAACCAGCUCAGGAAGCAUGAACACCGCUAUGCCUCGGUCUGCUCCUC